UUAACACCCACUGUCAGACACUCGAUGCACGGAUUGCUGAUGUUUUGUUCUGAUUUUCAAUUGACACUUCCUCUUUUUUUUAGUUGGCUUUACAACCUUUUUGAUAGCUACAUCGACAAGAAAAUCAAAGAGACAUUGCAGGACAAGCUGUGCCAGGAGACAUCAGAUCUAAUAAACAACAAUGCAGAAAAGGCACUUUCAACUUUUCCAGUUAAAAAGGAAAUCGACAAAUAUGCUCUCAUAAACUACUCACUGGUUUCAAAUCCUAACUUUACUGAGUCGUACACGGACAUCUUCAUUAAGGGAGAGUUUCAAUCUGCGACGGCACCAAAAGAGGCUCCGUUUUCUCCAGCACCCCUCCCCCCUGAUUCAGAGUCAGCUAAGAUGGUGUACGUUUGGGUAACCGACUACUUACUGAACACAGCUGGGCUUGUUUAUCAAGAUGCAGGAAUACUCAAUGAGACUGUCACUCCGUCAAUGCUUCCUCCAAACUUUUCUUACCCUCUAAAUACCAACACGUUUAAACUAAUCAUACCCAAGGUAAGUAAACACGUAUCGCAAUUAAAGAUACAGAAUUGUUAUAGCUUAGUAACAACAAACGUUUGUAGAAAGUACCAGAAGGAUCCGUUCAUAAUCUUCACGCGUGAAAACGGACACUUUAAGGACGGUGCCUACUUUUGUUUGUGCGCACACGUUCUGCGCAUCACGCAAGGCAUGGUUUAAGCGCCACGC